GGCAUAUAACCUCCAGAAAUUCAAGAAGAACACCAAUUCCUACCUGAUUUCCCUUGGUUCUCACGAUGUUCUCUGAACAUUACAGGAUAUCCCUUUUCGAGGGAACCAGAACAUAAAAAAAAGUUAUUAUAAAAAAACUGAAUAUUUUUCAAAACUUCAUAUGGAGUUUUCUUCUUGAAUUAAGUCAAUGAAUCACUUCCACAAAUAUCAGCAUGUCCUCAAGGAACACCCUGUAUAUCUAGGGCACUAAAACGCAAUCACCAACUAAUAACGUUCGAUUAUCUAACAAGGCCUUAUCUGAGAGCAGUGGCGAAAGAUAUUGAGAGUGCACCUGAUGCGUAGGCACCUGGGUUCGUGUGGGGUCCCACCCGGACUCCGGACUUUUCCAGGAUAUAAAAGCGGUCCCGGACCUGGACGGUGUCACUCUGUCAUUCACCCCGCAUCCAGUUAUGUUGCGGUCAGCGUUGGUUAUCCUGGCGGUUAUCGCCGCCAUUGUGGUUGUUGAGGGGGCCCCUAAAGAGGUUGCACUCUUCAGACAAAUCGCAGUACGAAAUCCCAGUGAUCCUGAUGAGUCCAGUUACAGCUUCGGACAAGACAGUUCCAUUGGUACAAGCCUGAACAACAUGGAAGGUCAAAGAUUGAUUGGCAGAAGCAUAGAUAACAUUGCUGGAGGCAGUUUGAUCGGCAGGAGCAUUGAUAAUAUCGGAGGAGGCAGUUUGAUUGGUAGGAGUCUAGACAAUAUUGGGGGACGUCAACGGCUGAUUGGUAGGAGAGUAGAUAACAUUGGAGGAGGUAGCUUGAUUGGCAGAAGUCUUGACAAUGUUGCAGGAGGCAAUUUGAUUGGCAGAAGCAUAGACAACAUUGCUGGAGGCAGUUUGAUCGGCAGGAGCAUUGAUAACAUUGGGGGAGCCAGUUUGAUUGGUAGAAGUAUUGAUAAUAUUGGAGGAGGCAGUUUGAUUGGUAGAAGUAUAGACGAUAUUGGAGGUGCCAGUUUGAUUGGUAGAAGCAUUGAUAAUAUUGGAGGAGGCAGUUUGAUUGGCAGAAGUAUAGACGAUAUUGGAGGUGGUGGAUUGAUUGGUAGAAGCAUAGAUAACAUUGCAGGAGGCAAUUUGAUUGGCAGAAGCAUAGAUAACAUUGCUGGAGGCAGUUUGAUCGGCAGGAGCAUUGAUAAUAUUGGAGGAGGCAGUUUGAUUGGUAGGAGUCUAGACAAUAUUGGGGGACGUCAACGGCUGAUUGGUAGGAGAGUAGAUAACAUUGGAGGAGGUAGCUUGAUUGGCAGAAGUCUUGACAAUAUUGCAGGAGGCAAUUUGAUUGGCAGAAGCAUAGACAACAUUGCUGGAGGCAGUUUGAUCGGCAGGAGCAUUGAUAACAUUGGGGGAGCCAGUUUGAUUGGUAGGAGCAUUGAUAAUAUUGGAGGAGGCAGUUUGAUUGGCAGAAGAAUAGACGAUAUUGGAGGUGGUGGAUUGAUUGGUAGAAGCAUAGAUAACAUUGCAGGAGGCAAUUUGAUUGGCAGAAGCAUAGAUAACAUUGCUGGGGGCAGUUUGAUCGGCAGGAGCAUUGAUAACAUUGAAGGAGGCAGUUUGAAUGGCAGAAGCAUUGAUAAUAUUGGGGGAGGCAGUUUGAUUGGUAGGAGUUUAGACAAUAUUGGAGGAGGUCAAAGGUUGAUUGGCAGGAGGGUAGAUAAAAUUGGAGGCGGCAGUUUGAUUGGCAGAAGUAUCGACGAUAUUGGAGGAGGUGGACUGAUUGGUAGAAGCAUAGAUAACAUUGCAGGAGGAAAUUUGAUUGGCAGGAGCAUAGAUAAUAUUGCUGGAGGCAGUUUGAUCGGCAGGAGCAUUGAUAACAUUGGAGGAGGCAGUUUGAUUGGUAGGAGUUUAGACAAUAUCGGAGGAGGUCAGAGGUUGAUUGGCAGAAGCAUAGAUAAUAUUGCUGGAGGCAGUUUGAUCGGCAGGAGCAUUGAUAACAUUGGAGGAGGCAGCUUGAUUGGUAGGAGUUUAGACAAUAUUGGAGGAGGUCAGAGGUUGAUUGGCAGGAGGGUAGAUAACAUUGGAGGCGGUAGUUUGAUUGGAAGAAGUAUCGACGAUAUUGGAGGUGGUGGACUCAUUGGCAGAAGCAUCGACAAUAUUGGAGGAGGUAGUUUGAUUGGUAGGAGUCUAGAUAAUAUUGGAGGACAAAGAUUGAUUGGUAGGAGAGUAGAUAACAUCGGGGGAGGUCAAAGAUUGAUUGGUAGGAGAGUAGAUAAUAUCGGAGGAAGUAGUUUGAUUGGCAGGAGCAUAGAUAAAAUUGCAGGAGGCAGUUUGAUUGGCAGAAGCAUAGAUGGCAUUGGAGGAGGUGGUUUGAUUGGUAGAAACUUGAAUGAUGUUUAGGAAGAUCGAUCCAUUUAAAUAUGAUGGAAGUGAUAAUUUGUAAAUAUUUGAAAAAGUCUGAGUUAAUAUAUUCUGAGUUGUAUU